AUGUCAAUGGAGAUGAGUAAUAAUGAACUCUCAGUAAACGAGAAGACUGAGCAUGUAUCGCUUAGACCAGAUGAAAUUGAUGAGUUAAUGCGUGGUAAUUCUGAUGUUGAGCGGGAUAUUAUUACGAAUUACCUUAUGGAUGAAAUGGAUCUUCACAGUGUUCUUCAGCAUCAUGAGGCAAAACUAUCUGCCCUACGUGAAGAUUUUAUUCAAGCUCAUGUGGAUGAGGCAGAAAAUAUUUGUUCUUUAUAUAUGGAAUUUGUGGAGUGUGAAGAAAAAUUAGUACAUUUUGAGGAAGAAAUUAUCGCAUUUCAGCGUAGAUUAGCAGAUUCUGCAGAUGAUAUGGUAAAAAUGCAACAACAAACCGUUUCACUAGUACGAAGUAUUAAUAAUAGACGUCUUGGAAGUUCCAAACUUAAUGAAUUAUAUAGUGUACUGGAAAAAUGUGAUACCUUUUGUGAUGAUAUUGCCCAAAAGGAAGUUGACAAGGAGUACUUGGAAAAUAUCGCAGAGUUAGAGAAAAAACUUUCUUUUCUUUCUUCAAAUAAAGAACUUGCAGGAUCAGCUGUUGAUUUGGAAACAAGACCACGUCUAGAAGCUGCAGCUUUACGAGCUGGUGAUAAAUUACAAAGAUAUCUCACCAAACGAAUAAUUACAUUUGCAUCAGCAGGGAAUCUUUCAAGUAUUCACCAGUUACAAAAGACAUUACUAGAAGAAUCAGGUCAAAAUGCUAUGAAUUUUUUAAAAAGUUAUAAUAGACCUGUAGCACAACGAAUUUUUCAAGAAUAUUUAAAACGUAUGUCAGAAGUUUUUGCUCGUUUUGUUCGUUUAGCACUUCGUGGAUUUAGUGAAAUGUGUACAUUAAAUGCCAGUAGUGUAGAUACUAUAAUUCUUGCAGAUGAUGUACAUGAUUUAAUUUGUAAUCGUGAUGCUGGUUCGCCCAAAGGUAAUCACGUUACCGUAGCUGCUUCUGCUCUAGUAUUUCCUGUUCAACCUUUUCCAAGACGUGAACGAAGUGUUUCUCAGCAUAUGCGUAAUUUUACAGAUCGAGUUUUAAAAUCUGAUCGUCCUAUUGUUAUGCGAGAUGCUACAAUACAAGAUACUAUUUUGGCAUUAGAUGCAUUUAUUAUUUGUAAUGGUAUUCUUACACUUGAUGAGGCAAAAGUUCAAAAAUUAGAAGGAGUUAAUUCUUGGGUUUGGCAAUUUAUGCGUUGUAUACAACUUAUUGUAGAACUAUAUGUUUCUGAAAGCCGUUUUAUUGCUCAGUUUUUUUGUUCAUCCUCAUGUGAAGAAGAUUUUGAUGAGACCGAGUCAUUAACACGUUCUGUAUUGCAAAAAUCCCUUGAUUUUACUUUAAGUGGUAUAUUAGAAGAUAUGUCACUAGUGACUGAACGACAAGGUGUUCUUGCUGGACUUCGUGUAGUUGAAAUUGUAAAAGGAUAUCUUUGUCAAUUACAAGAUCCGGUACCACUUCUUCUUCUUAGUGGAGUUAUGGAGUUAACCAAAAAUACACUAACAAGUACACUUCAUAGUGUUAUGGCAAAUGAUCAAAAAUCAAUACAAUUUUUAACAACAUUACGACUUUCACCUUUCUUAUUAGCUCCAAAUGAAACUAUGAUAAGUUCAAGUAAACUGCUUGAAGAUAGGGGAUAUGCUACUACUUUAGGACCACAUCGUAUUAUACAGAGAUUCUCUCAUAUUACAGGAGAAUUAGAAUUACUAAAUUCUGCCAACUUUAAUGGAUCCAUGGUAAAUGGACAGGAAGUAUUAGUGUAUGAUAUUGCCGUAUCUAAUGUUAUUUAUCGUGAAUUAGAAACUGUUUCAGAAUUUAUAUUAACACUUGCGAAGCGACACAAAAAUUCAUUGGCACAGCAUAUAUUUGCUGUAAAUAAUUUUUUUUAUAUUUUGGCAUUAUGGCGUCGAUUAGCAACAAAAUUACCAAAAAUAGAAAAGAGGGAACCAUUGCUUUAUGUUGCACCUUCUUUACAUAUUACUUGUAUUGAAAAUCAUCUUUCUAAUGAACUUGCACGGUUUGUAGACUAUGAUUCUAGAGCUAGUGGUACCUUUGGAUAUUUAUUUGACUUUAUUCAAGCCGCUGAAUCAAAAAUGGGAAGUGAAUUCUUUACUGAGAAUGGAUCUGCAGAGUCUUCCGCGGAAUUAUUAUCCACUCCACUUGGGGAAAGUGAAACAAUGCGGACGAUUUUGCAUUUUAAUCAGAGUUGGCAGUCUCAGUUAUCAGAGGUAAGUAAUCAGGUAAAGAAAAUUGUCAAUUUAACAAUGUCUACGGCAACAACACCUGAUAAAUUAUUAUUAAACUGUGAAAAGGAGUUACAACAUCUUAUCUUAAGAGAGUAUACACGUAAUAUUUUAGAGGCCAACACAAAAUUACAUGCAAUAGCCACACGACUAUUCGGAAAAAAUAGUGAUAUGCAUGCAAAACUAACGAGCAACACAACUGUGUUGCAGGAAGUGAGAAAAGUACUGGAAUCAUAA